AUGGAGGAAACAUCAGAGCCGUCUUCGCGCAACGGGUUGAGCCAUAUGCUCUCCAGAAGCCGCCGGCACAGGAAGAACCGAAUCUCUGCCUCGGAUUCCUUGCUUAGCACUGGGACGGAGAGCGAUGGUCGCCACGGCGUUCGAGAUUCCAUCGAGGGCGCAAUUGAGAGGUUGAAGAGCCACAGCCACACCAAUCUCGACGACGAUGAGGCCGGAAAUGGAGGCAAACAACAUGGACACAGAGGGCUCAGAGGCAGGCGACGGCGCAGGAAGCACGAGAAGGAAGAAGAGGCGCGCGCAAGUGCAGAGGCAGCUCGCGGGAGGAGCAUCGCAGAGAGAGGGACACUGGAGGACAACGGCAGCAAGAUCUCUGUCACCCGCAGCUGGUCGGGCGAUGGAAGUAGUCUGCUCACCUAUGACUCGGAGACUGAAUCUAACCGUCUCCCCCAGAAAUCACUCGCAACCCCCCGACCAACUGCCUGCUUGCCUCUCUUUUUGCAACUGUUGAAGCUUGAGAUCUCCGUUCCUCAAUCGCCGGUCGCAAGAGUCGGGCACUCUCGUCGGCGGCGGAUUGUUCCUGUUCCCGUUAAUUACGUGCCCUUCUCGACUUCUCCUUCAUUGUCAGCAAAUCCUUCGCAACUUGGCUUUUUAACUACAUCGUCUCCUCUCCUUCGCUCUACGACAUCUCCCCGUGAAAACCUCUCUCCAGUGCGUCCCGACGGCGCGCUUACACCGCGAUCAGCGACCUUCUCUCCAGGCCCCGGCAAGCUGGCGACCUCCGAGUCAGAGCUCUCCCUCCCUUCCAACCACCUUCGAGCCCCGACCAACGGAUCUCAGAAUCGCUCGCCAUCGCCCGUUGGCAGGUUAAAGGACGCUCUCCGUCCGGGUCGAAAGGCCUCAAGUCAACAUUCAAGUCCCGAGCGCAAGGCUGGAGCGAGUGCAGUUGACCGCCUACAGCAGGAGAAGGAAAAGAGCACAUCGGAUGGGCGGCGAGGGAGUGUAGUCUCGAAAAUUGGCUCGAUAUUGCCUGAUAAACAGUCGCAACCGUCCACUACGAGAUCUUCUCCAGAACGACCCAAACCCGCCAAAGUUCACCCGAUUGAUACAUAUGAUCGCCCGCGGACACCCCCCGCUACCGAUUUGGCCCCGAUAAUUGUUAAUACGCCCCCAACUCCUACUGAUCAUAGCGUACCCCGUUUUCCGUCCGGGCGAGAUCGUGGAACGUCUGACCCGAUCACUUCAAACCCCAAUGUCGUAACGUCCCCUUCGGGGAAUAUGAUAUCACACCGAAGGGUGAGAUCAGGAUCAGCAGCAUUAGGGCCUAGUAAGCUCUCGAGUAUCACCUCUGCGCCAUUAGCACCAACCCCUGAAAACGGCUCAAUAACUCCAACUCCCACUCAAAGUGGUUUCUUCAACAGCGUCUUAUCUGCGGCACAAAACGCCGCGAACACAUUGACUUCCAGCAUUGCAAAUACAUCACUCGUUGUAGGUGGAAAAAACAAGAGUGGACCCCAAGAAGUCAAGGAGGUAGAAAGUCCCGAGGUAGAGACAAUAGGAGAGGAAUUGGAUACCGAGGAUCAAACAGAAGAGAAGGAGCCCGCAGUCAAGACACUGGGCAUGGGCGAUCUUAGUCUGAGCCAUCUGGGUAUCUCUGAGAAUACUGAUCCUAUGUCUUCAAAAGAUUCAGAGGAAGCGACAGGAAGGUCGGAGACGAGGGAAGGGGACGUAUCAGCCAGUAGCGCCGUCUCUGGAUCAGGGAAUUAUGGAUUAGGAGAAAGCGCAGAUAUCUCAACGACACCACAGGCCGAAGACAACCAGUCGACUGUGCGACCUCGAUCGAUUUAUGAGCCAUCACCUGCUGGAGCAGAGACACCGCCCAACGGUAGUGUUUUCGAAGGGAGGAGUGGCAUUCGUCGCAGUGGAAGCAUACGAAGUUCUAGGGGCCUCCGGAGAAAGCGAGAAAGCUCUACAGCUACCGGAACCACCAUUGCUGCUGCGAUUGCUGCAGCAAAUUCGUCUGUUGCACACCCCAUCGCCCAAGUAAGUGCGCCUAAGAUUACUGGAUUUGCUGUCGCUAGCAAGAAGCGGAACCGCGACUUCCAUCAACUAUUCAGAAGCGUGCCGGAUGAUGAUUAUUUGAUCGAAGACUAUAGCUGUGCUUUACAGAGAGAAAUUCUUGCCCAUGGUCGACUCUAUGUCUCGGAAGGGCACCUUUGCUUCAGCAGUAAUAUCUUUGGUUGGGUCACGACCUUGGUAAUGAGUUUUGACGAGAUUGUGUCUGUUGAAAAAAGAAGUACAGCCUUGGUCUUCAAGAAUGGAUUGGUCAUCUCGACUCUCCAUGCUAAGAACGUCUUUGCAAGCUUUACCAGUCGAGAUUCUACUUAUGAUUUAAUUGUUGGCAUUUGGAAACUGGGACAUCCAAGCUUGCGAAGUUCUAUCAAUGGAGUCCGUAUUGAUGAGACUGGCGGGGGCGACAAGACCGAGAAAAUUGAUGGGAAUGCAGCCGCAAGCCAAAGCGGAUCAGAGUCUGACAGUGAGGAGGACGAGGACGAUGAGAUCUACGAUGAAGAUGAAGAUGAGAGAGAUAGUAUGAGCUUUACUCAGGCCGAGGGUAGUGUCGCAGGAAGCGAUAGCGGGGAAAAGACUUUCGGCCGCAAACCUUUGGCUGUCGCAUCACUCCCUAAUGGUGCCCCGACGGACAAGAAGGAUGAUGCUCCAUCUCCCCCUGAUGAUGACUUCCCUGGUCCUGCGACACAUGCGGCGACGGACUGCUCGGACAUGGACACCCAUUACAGCAAGAUCAUUGCAGACGAAGUCAUUCCGGCUCCUCUUGGAAAGGUUUACAGUCUCAUGUUUGGACCGGCAUCAAUAACUUGGAUGAAAAACUGGCUCACUGUGGACCAAAAGUGUCUGGAACUUACAAUGCCCGAAGACAAGAAGCCCUUGGGUCUUGACAACAAAGUAAGGACUUACUCAUAUAUCAAGCCUCUCAAUGGUUCCAUUGGGCCUAAACAGACGAAAUGCGUAUGUACGGAAACUCUUGAUGCACUCGACUUUGAGAGGUCCGUCUCGGUAACAAUCUCGACCCAAACUCCCGACGUUCCGAGCGGGAACGUCUUCAGCACGAAGACGAGGUACUGCCUCUCGUGGGCAGAAGGUAACGCAACUCGUCUCCAAAUGAACUGUGCCAUCGAAUGGACAGGAAAGAGUUGGCUAAAAGGGCCUAUCGAAAAAGGUGCCAACGACGGCCAAGUGCAAUAUGCUAAGGAUAUCGUGGCUUCCUUGAAAGCAAGCCUUUCUUCUCGCCGCCCAACGGUCAGCGGCGCCGUGGUCAAGAAGACCAAGAAGACCCGCAAAACCAGGGAAGCGAAAGCUGUCUCCCGGACCACUGAUGGAACAUCAGAGUCCAAACCAGCCGCUGCACAAUGGGGUCCUCUGGAAGCAGUACGACCUAUAUUGAGCCCGCUAGCUGAUAUUCUCAAACCGCUGAUAAGCGGGAAUAUGAUGUAUGGUCUCCUAGUUGGCUUGCUAGUCGCGAGCUGGUUCCGAUUUGGCCUUAAGGGAGUCUCCAGGGGAGUAGAUGUAGGCUCGGUAGGAACUCCCGAGCGCAUAGCCGCGUAUGAGGAGCUUUGGCGGAGAGAAGAGAGCGAGCUAUGGGCGUGGCUUGAAGACCGCGUGGGUAUGGAGAGCAUGCAUAACGCCGCGAGGAUGCAGGCCGAGGCAACGGUGAUUCAGGAUCGGCUGAAGGAAGAGAAGAUGCAGAACCGAGAAGUAGAAGAUGCGAUACGAGUGACAGAGGAGAAACUCCGAGUCCUCAAAGGAGUGGUGGAGAAAGAACGAACGCAGAAAGAAGAGAAGCACAGGGAAAAGAACUGA